AUGAGCACGAAGCUGAGUUUUGGAACCAACCUCGGCAAUUUCCUAUUCUGCAGUAAUAGAGAAGUAGCGAUUAUCGAUCUCGAAGAAGUUGAAUUCCCUAAUACUUGUGGAGAUUGGGAACGCAGUGUUAACUCCGGUGGUGUGGGCUACCUGAUGAGCAGAUUCAGAUAUAUGACAAACCCAGGUCGUUCUCCAUCGCCUAUUGCAUCCGGGGAUACGUCAAAGAGUACCAAUUUGUCCGAUGCAUCGAGGAGACGCCGAGCUUAA